CCGCGCCGGGGCCGCCGCAGCGCAGCCUCGCGGUCCUCGUCCCCAGGCCCCGGAGCCGCGGCGACCCAGCCCACUGCCAUGUCCAGGAGCCUGAGGAAGAAGAGCCACUGGACGAGCAAAGUCCACGAGAGCGUCAUUGGCCGGAACCCGGAGGGCCAGCUGGGCUUCGAGCUGAGGGGCGGCGCGGAGAACGGCCAGUUCCCCUACCUGGGCGACGUGCAACCCGGCAAGGUGGCCUACGAGAGCGGCAGCAAGCUGGUGUCGGAGGAGCUGCUCCUGGAGGUGAACGAGACCCCGGUGGCCGGGCUCACCACCAGGGACGUGCUGGCCGUCAUCCGCCACUGCGAGGGCCCGCUGCGGCUCAAGUGCGUCCGGCAAGGAGGCAUCGUUGAUAAAGACCUUCGUCACUACCUCAAUUUACGAUUUCAGAAGGGGUCUGUUGACCACGACCUUCAGCAAAUCAUUCGAGACAACCUCUACCUCCGCACUGUGCCAUGCACCACAAGGCCACAUAAGGAGGGCGAGGUCCCUGGCGUGGACUACAUUUUCAUCACUGUGGAAGAUUUUAUGGAAUUGGAGAAAAGUGGUGCCCUCCUAGAAAGUGGGACCUAUGAAGAUAAUUACUACGGAACCCCUAAGCCUCCAGCUGAACCAGCACCACUACUAUUAAAUGUGACAGACCAGAUCCUUCCGGGAGCCACUCCAAGCGCUGAAGGAAAACGGAAGAGGAACAAAUCAGUGAGCAACAUGGAGAAAGCAAGUAUAGAGCCUCCCGAGGAGGAAGAGGAGGAGAGGCCUGUGGUCAAUGGGAACGGAGUGGUGGUGACACCAGAAUCGAGUGAACAGGAAGACAAGAGCGCAGGAGCCCAAGGUGAGACACCCUCCCAGCCUUACCCGGCCCCAGGGUACAGCCAGCCCGAAGCAGUGAAGGAGCCCAUGGAGGAGGCCAAGCCCAGCAAGCCUGAGGAGAACGAGGACGUGGACCCUUUGCCUGACAACUGGGAGAUGGCCUACACAGAGAAGGGCGAAGUCUACUUCAUUGACCACAACACAAAGACCACCUCGUGGCUGGAUCCACGUCUUGCGAAAAAGGCUAAACCUCCAGAAGAGUGCAAGGAGAAUGAGCUUCCAUAUGGCUGGGAAAAAAUCGAUGAUCCCAUAUAUGGCACUUACUAUGUUGACCACAUAAAUAGAAGAACACAGUUCGAAAACCCUGUCCUGGAAGCAAAAAGGAAGCUGCAGCAGCAUAACAUGCCCCACACAGAACUUGGAACCAAGCCCCUGCAGGCCCCAGGUUUCCGAGAAAAACCGCUCUUCACCCGGGAUGCAUCACAGUUGAAGGGAACGCUCCUCAGCACCACCCUAAGAAAGAGCAGCAUGGGCUUUGGAUUUACCAUCAUUGGGGGAGAUGAGCCUGAUGAGUUUCUGCAGGUGAAAAGUGUGAUUCCAGACGGGCCUGCCGCACAGGACGGAAAAAUGGAAACGGGUGAUGUCAUUGUCUAUAUUAAUGAAGUUUGUGUCCUUGGACACACUCAUGCAGAUGUUGUCAAACUUUUCCAGUCUGUUCCCAUUGGCCAGAGUGUCGGCCUGGUGUUGUGUCGUGGCUACCCUUUGCCCUUUGACCCGGAAGAUCCAGCUAACAGCAUGGUGCCACCCCUUGCAGUAGUGGAGAGGCCACCUCCCAUGAUGGCCAACGGAAGGCAUAACUAUGAAACAUAUUUGGAAUACAUUUCUCGGACCUCACAGUCGGCUCCGGAUAUUACAGAUCGGCCGCCUCACUCUUUGCAUUCCAUACCAGCUGAUGGGCAGCUAGAUGGCACGUAUCCACCACCCGUCCAUGACGACAAUGUGUCUAUGGCUUCAUCUGGGGCCACCCAAGCUGAACUUAUGACCUUAACCAUUGUGAAAGGUGCCCAGGGCUUCGGCUUCACCAUUGCCGACAGUCCUACAGGACAGCGGGUGAAACAAAUACUUGACAUUCAGGGAUGUCCUGGCCUGUGUGAAGGCGACCUCAUUGUUGAGAUCAACCAGCAGAAUGUACAGAACCUGAGCCAUACGGAAGUAGUGGAUAUACUUAAGGACUGCCCCAUUGGAAGUGAGACAUCUUUGAUCAUCCAUCGAGGAGGUUUCUUUUCUCCAUGGAAAACUCCAAAGCCUAUGAUGGACCGAUGGGAGAGUCACGGGAGUCCACAGACCAGUUUAUCCGCUCCGGCCGUUCCACAGAACCUGCCCUUUCCACCUGCCCUCCACAGGAGCUCCUUUCCGGACUCAACAGAGGCCUUUGACCCACGGAAGCCUGACCCAUACGAGCUCUAUGAGAAGUCGAGAGCCAUUUAUGAAAGUAGGCAACAAGUGCCACCCAGGACCAGUUUUCGAAUGGAUUCCUCUGGUCCAGACUAUAAGGAACUGGAUGUUCACCUUCGGAGGAUGGAGUCUGGAUUUGGCUUCAGAAUCCUCGGAGGAGAUGAGCCUGGACAGCCAAUUUUGAUCGGAGCCGUCAUUGCCAUGGGCUCAGCCGACCGAGACGGACGCCUGCACCCGGGAGAUGAGCUCGUCUACGUGGACGGGAUCCCAGUGGCCGGCAAGACCCACCGUUACGUCAUCGACCUCAUGCACCACGCAGCCCGCAAUGGGCAGGUGAACCUCACUGUGAGAAGAAAGGUGCUAUGCGCAGGGGAGCCCUGCCCAGAGAAUGGGAGGAGUCCUGGCUCCAUAUCAACCCACCACAGCUCUCCACGCAGUGACUACGCAACCUACACCAACAGCAACCAUGCUGCUUCCAGCAGCAAUGCCUCUCCCCCCGAAGGCUUCACCUCCCACAGCCUGCAGACCAGCGAUGUGGUCAUUCACCGCAAGGAGAAUGAGGGCUUCGGCUUCGUCAUCAUCAGCUCCUUGAACAGGCCUGAGUCUGGAUCCACUAUAACUGUGCCCCAUAAAAUCGGACGCAUCAUUGAUGGGAGUCCUGCAGAUCGCUGUGCAAAACUAAAAGUGGGAGACCGGAUCUUAGCCGUGAACGGCCAGUCUAUCAUCAGCAUGCCUCACGCUGACAUCGUGAAGCUCAUCAAGGAUGCAGGUCUUAGUGUCACCCUGCGCAUCAUUCCUCAGGAGGAGCUCAACAGCCCCGCCUCGGCCCCCAGCUCCGAGAAGCAGAGCCCCAUGGCCCAGCAGCACAGCCCGGUGGCCCAGCAGAGCCCUCUGGCCCAGCCCAGCCUGGCCACCCCCAACAGCCCUGUGGCCCAGCCUCCUCCUCCUCAGCCACUUCAGCUGCAAGGACAUGAAAAUAGUUCUCUGGGCUCAUCAUUCGCACUAUCACAGAACAGAGCCUUUCCUUGGGCCCCGCUGCCAAACCUCUACUCAGGUGCUUUCAGGGAGAAGCACAUGUCUGCUUGUCUUCAGCCGCUCAUGUUUUUAACAGAGGCCAGGGGAGAGAAACACCCUGUAAAGCAAAUGACUCAGAGUUACAGGUCAGAAGUAAAGGCGAGACAAGAUGUGAAACCAGAUAUCCGACAGCCUCCAUUCACGGACUACAGGCAGCCCCCACUGGACUACAGGCAGCCCCCAGGAGGGGACUACGCGCAGCCUCCACCCUUGGACUACAGGCAGCCUCCCCUGCUGGACUACAGGCAGCACUCCCCAGACACCAGGCAGUACCCGCUGCCAGACUACAGGCAGCCCCAGGAUUUUGAUUAUUUCACGGUGGACAUGGAGAAAGGAGCCAAAGGAUUUGGAUUCAGCAUUCGUGGAGGAAGGGAAUACAAAAUGGAUCUGUACGUGCUGAGAUUGGCAGAAGAUGGGCCAGCAGUCAGGAACGGGAGAAUGAGGGUAGGAGAUCAAAUCAUUGAAAUCAAUGGGGAAAGCACAAGGGACAUGACCCACGCCAGAGCAAUAGAACUCAUCAAAUCCGGAGGAAGGAGGGUGCGGCUGCUGCUCAAGAGAGGCACAGGACAGGUCCCAGAGUAUGACGAACCCGGCUCCCGGAGCGCUCCCGCCGCCGCCGGCCCAGGUCUGCCGGAAGUAGGCGUCUCGCUCGAGGACCUCUUCUCUUCAUCCUCGCCAUCUCAUCCCGCCCCACCCUCCGACCCUGCCCACCCGAGGAGCCCAGACCCGGCUUGGGAUGUCAAAAGGGAACACGACGUUAGGAAACCAAAGGAGCUCCCAGCCGGCAGCCAGAAGAAGCAGCGCCUCGGGGAGCAGAGCGAGCGAACGGGGAGGCCGAGGCAGGAGGAGGCGCCCGGCGGGAAGGAAGGGCCCCGCCCUGCACCCGGCCCGAAGCCCCAAGGGGGCGCCCCGGGGUCGGGGUCGGGGUCCGGGUUGGCGUCGCGCAGGGCAGCCGUGGCGCCGGGGCCCUGGAAGGUGCCAGGCUCCGACCGGCUGCAGGGCGCGCUCCAGCCGGGCGCCUCGGCCGCCAGCCGGUGAGCACCAGCAGCCCUCCCCCGGGCUCCCUCCCGGCGUUUUAAUUUAUUGUCACUGUCACACGCAUAGGUCCAUGAGGCGCCACGCCCGGCACGCACGCACGCAUGCGGCCACCCACAGGCCCUACGACCCGAAGCCCGUGCCCGGCACCCGGCUGCGCGGCCGGGGCAGCUGUGGAAGAACCAGAAGAUCUUGCAGAACAUCAGAGACCAGACGGUGCAGUGCAGCUUUAGUGAAAAAGAGUCAGUUCCCCGCUGCAUGAGGGACUCGCGUGCCACCAGACUUUACACCAAGCAACUGGACGAGUUAGAGCAAUCACGAACUGGAAUAUCGCCUUAACAAUCAAACUGCACGGAGCAAGCUGAAACUGAGACAAGAUUAUAUCUUUUAAUUGAUCGAAAGCCUUGUAAAUAAAUCGUCCUCGACAUAUCUAGACGGGGUGAAGGGGUUUCUUUGAAACAUUCAGAACUGUUCACCCACAACCACUCCACACACCCGGCCUCCCGCGGGGUGAGGUAGAAACCUAGUGAGUUCAUUGGUGUGAUCCCAUUUUUACUGCCAUUUCGGUGAUCAAAUCAUAUUUCUGUACAUUUUCAGUGGUAGGAAAAAAAAGGUUUUAAAAAUUGUAACCUAGGGAACAGUUUGCCAUGAGUCAGAAUUUUGCAGUUUAGCUCAUAGUCCUUCAUUGAUUUUCCUCUGAAAUACCAGUUUUAUGAUUGAAAGACCACCAUCCUUCGAAUCAGGAUUGGCGGCACCGUGGUCCCUUUGUGAGCAGGCUUCAUCCCUGUGUGGAGUUCACUGUCUUACUGUCUGCGGUCAGGCCCUCUGGAGACAUCGCUUUGUUUGCACUUUGACAGAACUGAGGCCGAGUAUGUGUCCUAUCUCUCAGAUUAGAACGAACCUCUAAUAGUAAAAAAAAAAAAAAAAAAGUCGCUAUUAUAACUAAUUUAUUUUCAUUAAAGAACAUGAGACCUUUUAGCCUCCCUCCUGCUCAUCUUUCUUUCCUAAUUCCUCCACUUUUGGGUUCCAUUUGGAUUUUGUCCCGAGUUCUUUGCUAAAUUUUGUAAUCUCAUCAGCAACCGCUACCCGCUCAGUGUUUAUGUUUAUCUCCAUGGGUCUCAGCUCCAUCCCCCAGUGAAAGUCUAAGGCUGUCUUUCUCCCCCGCUGCAAUAGGAUGUCUUUAUAAAAUGUUAGCAUCAAUUAAUUCUCCUUUGGUACUUAUUGUAGCUACAUAUAUUAAAAGGCAAAAAUGUCUCUUCGGGCAGUUUGUCUUUAAUAUGCUCUGUACACAAGAGGCUUCGCCCUUCCCAUCAUCCGCCCUAAGCGGAGCUGGGGUGCAGAUGCAUAGGUGGCCCUUUCUGGUUUCCCCCCUCUCUCCCUCUCUUCCUAAGUGCAGUUACCUGAGAGCUAGCCGUUUCACUUCCAUCUGACAAAGGAGCAGUUUAGCUGUUUGACGUGGAAAGCCUCCUGUGGAGGGCCUUGCAGCUUGUACAAGCAGUUUCCAAAAAUGAAACCCAUCCGUCGUAAACAAAAGCACAAACACAUGUAGCAGUUUAUAACCCUUUUGGUUUAAUCUCAAUUAGUCUUUCUCCCCUAGGCUAGAAAUCCAGUCUAGUUUGCCAUUAAUUUAUUGAAUCUGGUUCCGGACAAUGCUUUUGUAGUGUAGCUGCACGUCCUGGUACUGUAUCCUCCGACAUUUAUUUUUCAUGUGCUACAAAAGGAAAAACUCGAGAUUACAUUUGCAUAAACUCUAAUUUCCACCGUUCACAGCUACUACUCGUGCAGCAACUGCUUUAUGCGGCUGUAAUCCAUAAUCUGUGAGGACAGCACACCAUCUCAACCCAUCCCAAAUAAUAUUUCUGUGUAGUGUUAGCUGAGAAUUUACCCUGUACAGCUGUAUCUCUAUAAAUAUAAUUCCAUGUAUUAAUAGUCACAGAAAAACUGUAAGUGAGCAACUAUUUUUAUGAAACGCACCACUAUGGAUAAAUUAACUUUUACAGAAAUCUUGUUUACUGUAUGAUAUUCUAAAACAACACUGUCAAAUAAAAUAUAUAUCGAAAAAGCU